UUUCUUGAAUCUAGGGCUGGUGUAUGGAAGAGAGGCAUGGCGCACGGCCGCAGCACCAGGUGAGUAGUAGCUCCGGGGGAUCCUACGCGCAUCCGCCGGAAUGCCGCAUCAUCGACCUCCCCCCGGUGGUAAUCCUCGAGAUUUUCCGGCAUUUGGACCCGCGGGAGCUGUCCGUGGUGGCGUGCGUGUGCCCGCUCUUCCGCAUCCUCGCCUCGGACAGCCACGGCUGGAAGGAGUACUACUGCGAGCGAUGGGGGCUGCCCGGCGCCGUCGCCCCGGCGCACGAAUGGAAGCAGCUCUAUGUGGCCAGGGAGACGCGCUGCAAGGCGCUGCUGGGGCGAUUCAAGCUGGAUCUUCUGUGCGGCCACACCGAGACCGUGAGGGCGGUGAGGAUGGUACCGGCCAGGAACUUGGUGGUGUCUGCCGGAUACGACUCCUCGGUGAGGAUCUGGGAUGUGGGCGAUGGCCUCCCGGCGGCGUGGUCGCAGCCGCUGGGUGAGACCAUUCGGGCUGUGGCGGUGGACGGUGAGCUCCUGGCUGUUGGUGGGAGCUCCGUGGUGAGAGUCUGGCACGCCAGCCCGGGUUGCUCCCACCUGUUUGAUCUGGCGAGGAACUCGAGCGGGCGGUUCCUGCGUGGACACUCGGGUCCCGUGACGUGCCUGGGCCUGGACGCUGGAGCUCUAUACAGUGGUUCCUGGGACAUGACCGUGAAGAUCUGGAAAAGGCACCGGCUGGAGAAGUUCUCGCAAAGCUUGCACCACUCGGACUGGGUCUGGGGCCUGGUUGCUCGCGGGGAGUGUGUGCUGAGCACCUCCGGCAGUGAUGCUUACUCCUGGGACGUGGAGACCGGGGCUUUGCUGAGGUUCCGGCCUUGCGUCCAUCGAGGCAAUGCUCUUGCCGUGGAAGGCAGCCGGACUGGAAGCUUUCUCAUCACUGGCGGAGAGGAUGGAGCUGUGCGGGUGUUCGACAACAGGAUUCCACCGUCGGUGACUCUGGCAGGAGAAUGCAGCGAGAAUGACGCGGUGGCAGCAUGGCUUCCCCACUCGGCCGCAGUGAAUUCUCUAGCUUUUGACGAUCCUUCGCUCGUCUCGGCCUCGGCGGAUGGCUCCAUAGCUCUCAUGGACCUGAGGCACGUCAUGAGGAAAGGAAGCAUCAAGUCGAGAGCGGCAGCCACGGUGAAGCGGCCCUACACUUGCGUGGUGAAAGGAGACACGGUGCAAAGGAUGCUGUCCAGCGGUGGCUCUUGUGCUUACUCGGUGGACAUUGGCUCGGACAGGAUUGUGAGUGCCGGGGAGGGGACGGCGAUCAAGGUCUGGGACUUCUCCCAGGCUCUCGAGUUUGAGAAGAAAACACAGGCGCUUCGAAGCGUCCGGAGAGAGCAGAGAGCUCAGCGGAAGCUCGCGAUUAAGAACAGGAGAAAGGAAUGACUAUAGGUGAUGCCAGGAACUUCGGUUCAGCGAUAAAGGGGAUCGACUACACAAAGUUGGUAACGCUCGAGAUCGAUCUCAACUCACGGACAUUAUUUCAAAACAAAAUGGUCUUGAAGAUCAUGCUUCUGGAGAUCAGUCUCCAUUAAAAAAACAAAUUUUCUCAAUCA